AUGUUCGCCCGCAAAGCAUCCUACAUAUGCACUCGCUGUCUCUCCAAGCAGAAGUCCCGCCUCUACUCUACAGACUCGACGCCUCCGUCCCCUCCUCCUGCCUCUGGCCUGGCCAAACUCACUAACCGCCGACUCAUCUCCCUCCAUGGCCCUGACACCGCAAAAUUUCUGCAAGGCAUCACAACCAACAACAUCCGUCCCGAUGCUUCUCAAGGUCUCUAUGCCGCUUUCUUGACAGCUCAAGGGAAAGUGCUGCACGAUAGCUUCAUCUACCCGACUGCAAGUACACCCUGGCAUACGCAACAAGGCGACAGUGCAGACGCGGGGUUCUUAGUGGAAGUCGAUUCUGAACAGGCGGAUGUGUUGAUGAAGCACUUAAAACGGCAUAAGCUACGGAGUAAAUUCAAGUUGAGAAUUGUGGAAGAGGGGGAGCUGGAUGUAUGGAGUUUGUGGCGGGAAGGAGAGAGGUGGACGGCGCAUGGGACAGCACAGGGAACACGUGAUGGAGUGGUGGGGUUGACAGACUGUAGAGCGCCGGGGAUGGGUUUGAGGCUACUGCUUCCUGCUGGACAGGUGGAUGAGGUUGCUGGUGAAGAUGUGCAAAGGGCGACAUUAGAAGAGUACACGAUAAGGAGGUACAUGAAGGGUGUGGCGGAGGGACAGAAAGAGAUGCCAAGGGAUGACUGCUUGCCCAUGAAUUGUAAUGUUGAUCUUAUGGGAGGCAUUGAUUUUAAAAAGGGGUGUUAUCUGGGACAGGAACUGACGAUUCGGACGCAUCACACUGGUGUGGUGAGGAGGAGGAUAUUGCCAGUGGCAUUGUAUGAUCAAGGCGGCGGGUUGCCUGACAAGCUGGAGUACGAUCACACUGCUGGAUUUGACGGCUUGGUGGGCGCGGACCUCAAAAAGGAUGACAAGCGAAAACGAAGUACGGGCAAGUUGAUCGGCAAUGUGGGCAACAUCGGACUGGGAAUGUGCAGAUUGGAGCAGAUGACGGAUUUGGUUAUCUCAGGCGAGCCAAACACCUACAAACCCGAGGACAAAUUCAUCCUGCAGGGUCCGGAUGGGAAGGAGCUGGGAGUGAAGGCAUUUGUGCCGGAUUGGAUCCGAGGUGCGAUAAGGGCUCCGAAGGUGCAGAAGCGUGUCGAGUGAGCGCUUCGACUUGGUCGGAUUUGAAGCAUCGGCCGAUCUUAAGCUGCAACUAUCUGCAAGUCGCCUCUCGAAACACCUCCCCUUGCUUUGGCCUCGAUUGCGAAACAUGCAGUGCCAUGGUCGCAUACCUACAGCUGCAGGCACCGCGAUCUACAACUCCGCUGCGAAGUUUGGAACGGAAGAAUGCAGAUAAAGCAUUUCGUCUAAUCUAGCGCGAAGCAUGGCUCUCAAAUGGGCCUUCGAAGAUUAAGGGCACGGGCUUCGCUUGACUGCCUUUGUGCGUUAUCUUGAGCGUUGCCUUCAGAGGGAGGAGGACGCAAGGUCGCCUCGACAGACGGUCGUGCCACCCAGCUGUCAUGGUGUCUCCUCGCACAGUGGGUCUCGAGUCGUAUCCAAUUGCUUCGCGACGGUAAGCAGAAAUCUUCGCAUUCGCUCUUGUGCAUGGAGGAUUCGGCGAUCUUUAUGCACGAGCAGGGCAGAUGCGCCAGGAUCAAAUGGACAUUCCCACAGUGGCUCUGACG